AUGAAGGUGCUAAUUCAAGAAGUAUGGCGAGCUAAACUAGACUGGGAUGAAGAGUUGCCCGAACCUCUGAAAUGCCCAUUCCAAGAGUGGUGUCAAAGCUUGUCGAACCUAGCAAGCAUCACAGUUCCGCGAUGCUUAGUAAACGAAGAGCGCCCAACAACACAGCAAGUACACAUCUUUGCCGACGCCAGUCAACUAGGUUUUGGAGCAGUCGCGUACGCGAGAACAACGUACGCCAGUGAAAGGAUCGACGUGUCUUUUAUCAUAGCCAAAACGCACGUCGCACCGUUGAAACAGCUCUCGAUCCCUCGGCUUGAACUCCAAGGAGCCGUCGAAGCGUUACACUUGGCCAUACUGAUUUGCCAUGAGAUGAACCUGGAUCUGAGCCAAAUCACGUUUCACGUCGACUCCCAAACCGUUCUUCGAUGGAUCCAUUCUGCCAACGUCAAAUACGAAGUGUUUGUGGGCAACAGAAUCGGAAAGAUUCUAAUGAACACCGACUAUCGGCAAUGGCGUCACGUCCCAGGAGUCAUGAACCCAGCAGACGUCUGCAGCAGAGGAUUGGAUCCCAGCAACCUCAAGGAAUUGCAGCAGUUCCAUCAAGGGCCAGCCUUCCUGUUGUUGGAACCCCCAUCAUGGCCAAAGUGGGACCAGAUUGAUCAAGAUGACCAUCAAGAUCCCGAAGCCAUUCACGUCUACAAAGUGAGAACGGAGCCCAGUGACAAUGUGAUCGACCAGUGCGUGGAAUAUUAUUCUAACAAAGUGCGCCUGGAACGAGUGCUUGCAUGGUGUUUGCGGUUUAUUGCAAACUGUUGUGCCAAAGUAAAAAGGGUGAAGCUAACUUCAGGAGAACUGACGCCAGUCGAAACUGAAAAGGCUCUGGCAAGGUGCAUUCAACGUGCACAAGAAGUGGCUUACCCCGAAGAUGUGUUGUUCUUAAAAAAGGGGAAAGAGCUGCCAAACCGGUCAAAACUCAAGCAGUUUCGACCAUUCAUCGAUGAACAACACCUGAUGCGAGUGGGCGGGCGAAUUGGACAAGCACCUAUUGACUACGUCACAAGACACCCAGUGAUUUUACCUCCAGAGGAACGCAUCACAAGCCUGAUCGUCUGGGAUGCUCACGUUCGAAAUUACCACAUGAAGGCCAACCGCCUAUUGUGCGAACCUCGAAAAAUGUAUUGGAUAACCUCUGGACGAAGGACAGUCAAGUCUAUACUCAACAAGUGCAUUCCCUGCAAGCGGAGAGAUGCACAACCAGUUGCACCACUCAUGGCUCAGCUACCAGUCCAUCGCAUAACGCCGUUCUUGCCUCCAUUCGCCCAUACAGGAGUCGACUAUUUUGGUCCACUGACUGUCAAAGUAGGAGGGAAAGGGCGACGACACGAGAAAAGGUGGAUUUGCCUUUUUACGUGUCUCACAACCCGAGCAGUCGAUCUAGAAGUGACUGCAAGCCUCAGCGCCGAGGCAUUCUUAAUGGCCUUUUCCCGAUUCUCCAGCAUGAGGGGAAAGCCAGUCGUUGUAUAUAGCGACAACGGCACAAAUUUUGUAGCUGGAGAAAAGGAGUUGAAUGAGGCAGUCGAAGAAUUGAACAACAGCAAAGACUACCUGGAAGCACAAUUCACUUGUCGACACAUCGAGUGGCGUUUUUCUCCGCCAAGUGGACCUCACUUCGGGGGAGUGUGGGAGAGGCUCGUGCAAUCGUGCAAAAGAGCUAUGAAAGUGAUCCUCGGAAAUAGUCUCGUCAGUGAUCAAGUUUUAAAUACUGUUGUGGCUGAAAUCGGGGCAUUGCUUAAUGCUCGACCGCUGACUCAUCUCAGCGUAAAUCCCGAAGAUCCAGACCCUCUCACUCCAAAUCAUUUUUUACACGCAAGACCAAUGCCGUACAUCCCGCUAGCAUUCGUCGAUCUUGACAACACGAGCAUCUCAAAGAACCAGUUUGCACAAAGUCAACUUAUCGUCAACCACUACUGGAAAAGAUGGAUCACUGAAUGUCUACCGUACAUCACCCAAAGGAGAAAAUGGGUCAAGAGUCACAAAAAUAUCGAAGUGGACGAUAUUGUACUUGUUGUCGAUCCAUUAAACCCUCGGGGGCAGUGGCCAUUGGGAAAGGUAGUCGAAAUUUUACCUAGCACGUCCGAUAAUGUAGUACGUGUAGCUAAAAUAAAAAUUUCCGGCGCAAAAAAUACCUUGACUCGUCCUGUGACUAGAUUAUGCCUGCUGUUAGCGCAAAAUGAAAUGACACUUGAAACUAGUCAUACGCCUUCACUGUCAAACUCGCUUAAACGAUUGGCGGUGAAAUAG